AUGGGUUGGACGAGAUGUUUUCCCAGGCGCCUCUCCGCAGCCAGAGGCGUCCCUUUCUCUGUGCCUCCGCUAAGGGCUCUUCCCCAGCCCGGGGCUGAGCCUGGUCCAGCCAGCUGCGCGCCGGAGGGAGGCCGGGGCGCACGCGCGGACGCCGAGAACGGCCGGCGGGCGGUGCUGCAGUACCAUAGCCCGGCCCCAGCAGUCCUCGGCGGCCGCGUCUCUCGGAGAGUGCCGGGGCUGCGUGAGUGCCUGGCUCCCGUCGCCAGCCGGCAGCAGCAUGUGGCGGGCGGCCGGGGCCGCGUUCCGGGGCUUGUCGCGCUUCGGGCGGCGGCCCCUCCGGGCCCUGUCGGCGUCCGCCCGCGGCGCCCCGGGGGCGUGACGCUGACCGUGACGCCCCCCGUGGGCCUGGCGGACGAGCCGCUACACAUCCAGGCGCGGGGCUUGAGCCCCGGCGAGCCCGUGACCGUGCGGGCGCUGGCCGUCAGCUACUACGGCCGCCUCUUCCAGUCGUGCGCCCAUUACGAGGCCGACGGCGUCGGCGCGCUGGACCUGACCAGGGACCCCUCCCGGGGCGGGGACUACACGGGCGUGGAGCCCAUGGGGCUGCUGUGGAGCCUGGCCCCGGCCGGCAUGGAGAACCCCUACGUCCGCAUGGUGCAGCGCAGCGUGCUCAAGAAGCCGCUCCGGCUCGAGGUGACCGUGCACCAGGCGCACAACCAGACCGGGCUGCUGCUGGGCCAGCUGCUGGCCUCGGCCCGGGUGGAGCGCUGGUAUGCCACCCCGCAGAUCCGGGCCAUCAGGGUCCGCGAGGGCUCGGUCAGGGGCUCCUUCUUCCUGCCGUCAGGAGAUGGUCCAUUUCCUGGUGUGAUUGACAUGUUUGGUGAUGAAGGGGGACUACAUGAAUUUCGGGCUAGCCUUCUUGCUUGUCGAGGCUUUGCUACCCUAGCGUUGCCAUAUUUUGCCUUUGAAGAUCUACCUCCCAUCAUGAAAGACUUAAAUCUUGACUACUUUGCUCAGGCAGCUAAGUUUGUGCAGAAUCACCCAAAGGUCAAAGGUCCCAAAAUUGGAGUGAUUGGAUCAGGCAAAGGAGCAGAACUGGCUUUUUCAAUGGCUGCCUUCCUCCCCGACGUGGCUGCUGUGAUCAGUAUCAAUGGUUGCAUCUCUAACACUGGCACUGCUCUUCACUGUGGCCAAGUAAUCCUCCCAGGGCUCCCUUUUGAUCUGGAUAAAAUCACUGUCACUUCCUCGGGAGUGUACAAUGUUAAAGAAACCCUUGUAGACCCCUUGGAUCCUGCUUAUGGAGACAGCCUCAUCCCCAUAGAAAAAGCUAACUCUCACUUCCUUUUUGUGGUUGGAGAGGAUGAUAAACAGUGGAAUAGCUCUUUGUAUGCUGACUUGGCAAUCAAGCGCCUAGAGGAGCACGGGAAAAAUAAUUACACUCUUCUGAGCUAUCCCAAUGCCGGUCAUCGAAUUGAUCCACCUAACAGCCCAUUUUUUCCAGUUGUCUUGGACCGGUGGCUGGGGGUCCCUGUUCUGGGUGGGGGUCAGUGCAGAGCCCAUGCCAUUGCUCAGGAGGAAUCUUGGAAGAAGAUCUUAAAGUUUCUGAAGAUGCAUCUAGAAUGAAGGCCAUCAAACUAUAAAGUGGGGUUGAAGGAGUCCCCAAACAAUGCAACAAAUUGAUUUCAAAGGAAGUUAAAGGCCUAAAUCUGUAUAGCUGUGUAAAAUGAAAAUUGAGAUCUCAUAGCUAUCUACAUGUUUUGGGGAGAUGUAAAAGUACUAAGGAAAUAGUACUUUUUUUGGUAGCAGUUCAAGGAAACUGAUUCAGGGGUCAGAAGUAUUUAAAUUUUGUGUUUAGCAGAACCUGUCAUUCUUAAGCUAUCUAUUGAAUGAGGUUUUCGUUUGACUUAUCCAGGAGAAGGUAGAGGCUUCAACUAUAAAGAGAGAGAGAAUUAUUAAAUGAAAGAGCAAAAAUAGUUUUCAUUGUGGCCCCCUUUGGUGUUAAAAAUCAAUUUGUGUACUGGUGGCUUCUCUACCUUCUAUUUUUCACACUCUUUUUUACUCAUAGAAAAAUAUUCUUAUCUGCCACAGAAAUAUUUGUAAAAUUUUUUUGACUGGGGUAUAUAUUUGAAUGUGAUCUUAUUAUCGAAUACACACCAUUGUGUUUUUGAUAAGGAACUUUAUUUGGUGACAUAAAGAUCAACACGAAGCUGUAAGAUCAGCUGUGUUGAUCUUGGGUUUUUGGGGAAGUCACCUUUUUAAGGGUCAGCAAAGAUUUCACCAUGAAAAAAUUCUUAGAAAACCUAAGUGUCUCUCCAGCAAACAACAGUCAAAUGCUGAGAAUGAGUCUCAGUGUUUAUAGCAUCUUUGUCCUCCUAUUUCUUUCUUCUUACGUAUUUGAAGUGUCAAAAGUUUAUUGAAUUCCAAAAUAAUUGCAGUGUAGAAAUUAGAUUCUUCCUCCUCUACCCCAGAAAUCUAAAGUAAAAUUUAUUGGUGAAGGAGGAAUUUUCUCUCUUUUAAAUCACCAUCUAGUGGGGUUUGAGCCUAUGAUUUUUUGAGAGUGUGUGCUUCAGGUUGGAGGAUAUUAAAAGUUUUUGUUUUUGUUUUCAUUUAGGUUCCUUUUCCUGCUGUAUGCGAAUAUUUCAUUGGGGGGAUGGGAUGAGAGGAUUUGUGACUGUGAGUUUUUAUAUAUGUUUGGCCAGUAGCCUUUGGGUUCAGAAUACCCUUAGAACCCCAGGAUGAGUCAUUGUUACAGUGCUUUUUAUAACAUUAACUAUUUCUGAAGUAAAACCACACUUUGAAAGUUUUGAUAUUAGAAAAGGAAACUUCAGCAGAUUGAAUACGGUACGCUGCCCUUUCUUGGGGCUGUUCGUAUAAAAACUAGAAAAGUGGCGAGUCGGCUGUUUUGAAAUCUCUUUUCUAAAAACAACAGUAAAGGAAAAUGUGCCUUUAAAAAACUAAGAGCCAUGAUUUGGGGUUGCCAUUUGAAGUUUGAUGUACUGUUCAUUCUAAUUUAAUUUGAAUGAAUUUGACUUUAAGUAUCCUAAAAGGGGCGUUAGUCACACAGCCAGAUUUUUCAGUUGUGCUUUGAUGUGCAUUUUAAAUAAAGCAUGUCAAAUCAGUAUUUUGUUCCUAAUCAGGCCGUUAGACCUAAUAAAUACCUCUCUCCCCUCUUAUCCAAACUAUGCACUUAUUUUAAAAAACAGAAGUACUCUUGUAUUUAUUUAUAUUUGUCAUCUUCUCUUUGUAUCCAUUUUUAGUCAUAGGAUACUAUUUUGUGCAUUCUUUUCAAAGUUUCUUGUAUGGAUAGAUUUUUUUCUGAAUUUAUGGAAUCCUUUUAAGUGAUUUUGACUGUCUUAGCAUCGUAAAUCUUUGGCACACUGAUGUUCCUUUUUUUAAGGUUGUUUGUUUAGGUAGAAAUAGAACUAUUUGACUUUAAGUCUCAUUUGUGUUUAAAAAAUUAUACACAAGGGUACCCAGCUUCAUGUAUAUACACAAGGGUGUUUAAAAAAAUUAAACACAAGGAUACCCAGCUUCAUGCUGUGGAAUUGUUUGUUUAUUUAUAUUAAGGGUUUAAAGAACACAGCAUCACUUUUUUUUCAUAAAUGUUCUUAAAUUUUGAAAUCAGAAAUGUUGCUCUAAAAUGUGUGUACAGAAUAUCAUUAAACUAAUUUUUGAAGACAAAUUUCUGAAGAACAUAUGCAGAAUUUAUACAGUUUACUUGUGGUUAGUCACAAUUUAUUAGUUUUAGCCACAAGUCUUUGUGGUGUGAAGUGAGGAAAGAUAACAAUAAAAGGAGAUUUUAAAAAUAA